AUCCGAAGCCUGACCAGCUGUUGUCGCUGGUGGCUGUUGCAGUAGAGACAGGCAGGAUGACCCAUCCUCACCCCACUGGUUUCCUGGGAGCCGUAGCAUCGGCCCUUUUCACGGCAUACGCGGUCCAGCGCAGGCCAAUAACGACCUGGGGUCUAGGCCUGUUGAACGAGGCCUGUCCAAUAGCAAAGAGCUUUGUUCAGGGUCGAGGCUACGCCGUGGAGGAGGCCGAGAGAGACUGGGACUACUUCUGUGACAAGUGGCAGUGGUACCAGGAUUCGAGGGGCAUCUCUUGUGGGGUAGGGCCUGUGAUUUGGCCCUCGUCCUAUGGCCCAGCUGAGAGAGACGAAGCCUACAAGAGCUUCAGCCUUUCGGGCUGGGCGGGACGCAGCGGCCACGACGCUCCAAUGAUUGCGCUGGAUGCACUGCUGGGGGCAGGUUCAGACUGGGAGGAGCUGAUGAGCAGGGCAGGUUUUCAUGGAGGAGACAGUGACAGCACAGCAGUGAUUGCAUGCUGCUGCUGGGGUCUCCUCUACGGCAACCGAGGGGUUCCUGAAGGCAACUACUCCAACCUUGAGUACCGGGACCGCCUGGAGCGCAGCGCCGAGCAGCUCUACGCCCUGUCGCACUGAGAAGGCCGCCACACACACACACACACACACACACACACACACACACACACACACACACAAAC